AUGGAGGUGGAGCUUGGUGUGAGCAGCAACGAACUUCCAGGACAGAACAGGAGGAACACUUCAGCAGCUCCAGAGAAACCAGUGCUGACAAGGCUGAUCUCCAUGUUGGGCCGUAAACGUCCUCUGUUUCACCAACAUAAGGAGCAGCCUCCGCUCUGUAAGGAGAAAUGUUUAGCAUACUGGUCACACAGAACUGUACAGCAUGAUGAGCUGACGAGUGGUUUCUUCUGGAAUGUCCCAGUGCCGGGUCCAAAAUGGGUCACCAGAAGGUUUGAUGGGACAAACAACGAUUACAGCUGCAUGUCUCAUACCUGUGUGAACAGGAGGGCCCAAUACCUGACCGACACCGCGAGGCUCUUUGAACAAACGUUGUUCUGGUCGGACACACAAAACUCCUCCAAGAAAGUUUUAGAACAUCUCCGAUCCAAAGGAGCCAUCGGCGACAUUUUGCUCGGUGACUCUGCGAACAGUAAAUUCUCCGCCUUUCACAGAGACAUCACAGAGGAAUGUGGCGCCGACGACAAGCAGCAUUCAUGGGCGGUGAUAGAGAAACGAGAGGAGCUCGUCAUGUACGGGCCUUAUUAUCCCAACUACAACAACGGAGAGCACAGCGAGGACAUCAUCAUCAGACAAACGCAGGAGCUUCUCCGUUCAGGGGAUGUUCCUGAGGACUGGAAGGUGUACGUUUUCACAAUGAACAGCCCAUGUUUGACACGAAACAUCAACCCGUGCAUGCUGAACCUGAUUCACAAGGCAUGGGAGUGGUGGAGCGUGUUUGGGGUGAAGACUCACAUUGGCUACAUGAGAAGUUGGGGCUUCAAGGGAAACAAAGAAACUCUUUUCAGGGAGCUCAACUACACACAAGCAGAAUGCAUCACCCACAGUCUGGAUUAUGAGAAUUAUGUUAAAGCAGCGAAUAAGAUCCCCGAUCUUAAUCUUCUGGGUGAAACUGUAUUUUGGGUAGCUAAGGGCAUGCUGGGAUCUGAAAAAGAAAGUUUUCCUGUGAUGAUUGACGAGCAGAAGCAGGAUUGGAGGAGUCAUUUCAAAAGCAUGAGCACUAUUGAAUGCAAACAGGAGGAGGAGAAGAAACUCCUCACAAAGGAGUUAAACGUGAUGCUCAAAGCUGCGGAGAGCCUGCUUUCAGAGACGCACGAAAGCUGUGAGGAGCAUUUAAAGAGAGGAGAGGUGUUUCUGCACAACUACACGUUCAGCUCACAGGUAUGCGAAGCGCUCCAGGAGGAAAUGAGAGUCAGAUUUCAGCAGUGCUGGAGGGAGAUGGUGCAGAGCAGGUAUGCAGAAUCUGUCAGGGAGAAGCUGACGGAUACGUUCAAUCAGUGCACCGUCCAGCUCUUCCUCAAAGACAUCCUGAAAUACACAGGACAGUAUUUACAAAUUGGAAAAUUACAGCUUUAAAAUUAAAACAUUUAAAAAAUCUUUUUAAAAAAAAGUGGAAA